UCCUGGCCUUUGUCUGCCCUGCCAUGUGCCACCCCUGGCCUGAGCCCUUGCUCCUUUUUGUCCCAAUGCCACUGACGGUCCAUGCAGGGCUAGCGCGGGAUGCUGGGAUGGUGUGCUGGAACAGGCUGUGCCUCAGCUCUGGUGUGCAGAGGGCACUGCUGAGCACCCGUGCCCAGCUGGGACGUUGCUAACAAGGAAGCAAGGAAGGAAAAAAACAAACCCUGGCUCAGCAAAGGAGGUACAAACCACCCAAGUCAAAUCACGUCUCCCAGCAUGGAGGCACAGACAACGCGGACUGUCCCCCAUCUGGAGGAAUCCUGGCAGCUGAGCAGACCGUGGUAGCACUUCCAGUGAACACUCGGAGCCAAACGUGAGGUUGCUGAGCUGAGGGUGUUGUGUUUAACAGUGUGGUUGGUGAGGUGGAUUUCUGAUACGGCAGAGGGGCAGAGAGGAAAUGCUGGAUCAAUGUUGGGGGGGGUGCUGGUGCUUCAGGGUAGUGUGAUGGGGAUGCAGACAAAGGAGAGGGUGUGCAGAGCAGAGGGGGUUAAUCCCCACAAUCUCAGUUAUUACCACAACACUGAGAUUUUUCCUCUGGCCAUGGCAGAAAGGGGAACGGGUGUGCUGGGGUUCAGAGGGGGGCUGGCACAGACUUGCCUGCAGUCACCCUUGCUGCUUCAGGGAAACACUGCCUCCCUUGUGCUGCCUUCUGCAGUGAGAGCAGCCCUGUCCCUGCCUGCACAGGCAGCCAGUCCUAGGGUCUCCAUCAGUUCCCCAGCUCUGUGCCUCCGUAAGCCCCAGGAACAAUCCUGGAGGCUCUUUCUCCCUCCAGGCAGAAAUAAUGCCUCCUUCAAUGGGCUCUGUUGCAAAGCCAGGAGGGUUCUUGCUGGUCUCAGGAUGGGGGGAAUCGCUAGCCCGACUGCCUGUGCUUCAGCUCUGAUGUUUCAGAGGUCACACCUAAGCCCUCACCCACAGUUUGCAGCUGCGUGUCCCUGCUUGUUGGCUGUUCCUCCUUGUUUCAAGCUCUUAAUGCUGCAAGGGACAGAGAAAACAUGGGAGCAAUGUUUUGUACUCACAUGCUGAGGUGGUUGCGCUUGUAACAGUGAAAAGUCGGUGUGAAAUGGGAAGGGUGAGAAGCAGUGACUGUGGUGAGCCAGCCCCACUGGUGUCCCAUCUGGUCAGGGUUUCUCCCACCCCUCUGCCUCUGGAGGCGGCCCUGGGCUCCCCACCUUCAUGGGGGAAUGUGUCCCCACAACCACAAGGUUGGUAUUGGUAGCCUCAAAGCCCUUGGAUGUCUGCUCUAGGAGAGGAAGGUUACCUCCAUGACCGGCAAGAGCAGGGAAAGAUUCCUGGUGACUGAAUGGUGGGGCAAGGCCAAGGUAAGAUGGGACUGGCCAGGUGCAGGUGCCCAGCCAGACCAGCUUCUGCUGUGGUUCACAGUCUGAGAUCUCUGCUUACAGCCCAAGAGGGUCCCUCAUUGUGCCCCAUUUUACCUUGUGGGUGAUGUCACACACGGUGCCCUCCCCGUACCGGCGAGGCUGUGGCAUGGCUGGGGGUGUCCUGGCAGUGGUGUCACAGGUUGUGCCAGUGUGAGUCAUGCCCAGAGCUGGGCUGAGUCACCUCCCCAGUGGUGUGAGCAUCAGGUGAGGAGCUUUCUCAGACCCACAUCCAGAUGACAAAAGGGAGCGUGGCUUCUCACCACAGAGUGCCAGAGGUGGGUGCAACAAAAGAGGUGGGUGCAUAGUGCCAUAGCAGUGUGGCAGCUGCCCACUGUCCCUGUAGGUCGACUUACCACCACAGCCCUGAGGGUACCUGCCCUGCUGCACCUCCCAGGAUGCAGCAGAAGGUCCCCUCCAUAGUGGACACCUCUGUGCCAUAGUGCCACAAUAGUGCCACAAUAGGCAUGUGGACUCCGUGGGGCAGUGUCACUGGCUGAAGCGUCCGUUUUUAAUCGCAGGUCCCAGCAGCCCAUCAUGUCUGUGGGUAGCGGAACAGCUCCAGCACAGCCAUGCCUUUCCACGGCCCCCAGCAUGGCCGCAUAGUGCUGGGGCAGAUGGAUGGGCUGUGGUAGGAUGAGCCCUGCCCUGCUCCUGCUGCUGUUCCUGGCCAGCUGCUCCCUGCUCCAAGGGAUGCUACUGAGGCCACGGCGCGUCAGGCUGGAGGCACGGAACUUCCACGUCUGGCUGCGUUGGGAACCAGACCCCAGCUCACCCAGCUCUGCCACUUACGAGGUGGAGUGGAGGAGCAGAACCUCGAACUGGACCAAGGCAGGUGCCUGUGGGGGGAGCAGCAGAAACUCCUGGGUGUGUGAGCUGUAUUUUGACAGGAUUCAUGAUAUCUACUGGGCACGGGUGAGAAUGGUGGCCGGAGGUGAGCAGUCCGAGUGGGCCAGUUCCAGCGAGCUGCAGCUGUACAGAGACACAAUUGUUGGCCCCCCCAAGUUGUCCUGGCUGCUCCAGGACCAAAUUCUCAGUGUAAACAUCAUCACACCAUCCACUCCCUACCAGAGAAGAACUGGUUCCUACAAGCCAGUCAACCGAGUGCUGCUGAAGCUGUGGUACUGGCUGCACCUGUACGAGGGGGACCUGCUUGUCCAGCAGGUGCCCUGCAAACGGAGCAGUAAGGAAGUGCCUUGUACCUUUGGGCACCUGAAGCCCAGCACACAGUACUGUGUCCGGACGGUGGCUGCAGACAUUGCCAGGGAGCGGAGCCAGGAGGCUGAGCAGUGCCUGGUGACUCCAGCAGGCCCUUCAGGCUUUCCAUGGGUCCUUGCUGUGCUGAGUGCCUUCUUCUUGCUGCUGCUACUAAGUGUGGCUGGGAUCUGCUUCAUGCAGCUGUAUGUCUUUCUCAGUCCUCCGGAGAUGUGCCUCCCAAAAGCACUGGCUCUCCAGACCAGCGAGCUGAGUGUGGCCCUGCAGGUGCCUCCACUCCAGCCUGAGGAGGACCCGCUGGCCCUGCUCCUGCAGACUGUGCUCCCCUCCCACAGGCCACCCACAGCUGUGCGGGCACCCGCCACAGUCCCACAGCUCCUCCGAGGCCUUGUCCAGGAUGUGAGUGGCUACUGUGCCAAUGGGUUUGGCCCAAACUGCACUGAGGGAAGGGACCCAUCCUGCACCCACAGUCAGCUGGGUCAUGCCUUAGGCUCCCAGGUCCCCUCACAGCUGGAGAAGGAUGGGGAGGCAGGCGAUGGGGAUGAUUUGCCAGAGCAGCUGGUGCUAGUGGGACUGGCUGGACACAGCUACACAGGUGACAGGGACAGCCAGAUACCUAAAAUAUGGCUUCCCCUGCACCUCCAGCUUUAUUCUAAAUGCCAGUGCCCAGUCCUGGGAGCAGGCAGCCACCUUCCUCUGGCCGUGCCAAGCAGAAGCUGCAGCCAGGAGUACCUGCAGGAGAGUCUCGGCACGGCCGGGCCCUGGAUCCGGCUCAGCUCCGUGAAGCUCCUGGCCGCUGUGGAGGCAGAGGGGGGGCAGCGCCUCUGUGCUCCCCAGCCCCUGCGUGGCGGCGGGACUGAAGCAGAACAAGGUGACAGCGCGGUGCAGCGAGGCUGCUCGGAGCAGGCCGAACCGAGCGUGCCCAGGCCCUGCCAGCUGCCCCCCUCGCCGCGCAGCGUCGUGCGGGCAGCGGCCUCGUCCGGCUACGAGCCCCGUGCCCUGCCCGGCGCUGAGCCCUAGCGAGCGGGGCAGCCCCAGCUCCCGCACGGCCCGAGGGCUCCCCGAACAUCCCGUGACGGCUGCGGGCCCCAACCUGCGCGUGCAGGGCUGGCCAUGGGACGGGGCAGCCUCCAAGGGCAGGCAGAGGCACAUUCGGGCACCGCCGCCAAGGACAGGCGGGAUCCAGAGCUUUCCUCUGGGCGUUUGGUGCUCUUGAGACACAGCCUAAGGAGCACUGACCAACGCUGAACCCCCAAAACUCUUAUCUAGAGAUCUGUCUGUAUGUGGGCGUGUAUGGUGCAGUAGCUAUACUAAUGUAACACUGAUAUAUACAUAUAUAUUUAUAAAGCUCUUCAAUGGAAAUUGUUGGGGUUUUUACUUCUGUGGAAAUGUUGAUUCUGUGCUGGAGCUGUUUUUAAAUAUCACUAA